AUGGAUGUCAAAAAUCCCUUCCUUAAUGGUGAUUUAAGUGAAGAAGUUUAUAUGCAACCUUCUCCUAGCCUCUCUAUUGAAUCAAAUAAGGUUUGUCACAUUCGACGUGAUCUUUAUGGCCUUAAGCAAGCUCCAAGAGCUUGGCUUGUCAAGUUCAAAUCCACCAUCUUUCACUUGGGUUACACUGCCAAUUAUACUUUUGAAGUGAGAGAGCUCGACAAAGGAGUGAUGUUCUCAAAAGACAACAUUGUAGGAGAUAUUCUAGCUGGACUCACUGAUAGCAGGACUGUUGAUACUUCAGUUGAACUUAAUGUGAGCCAAUAUCUGUCUGUUCCACGAUCGACUCACUAUGCUGCUGUUCUAUGCAUUCUGCAAUACUUGAAGGAAUUUGUUGCCAGCAGCAACAACUCAAACCCUGGCGGUCCAACAAUUCGUGAAGAAAGAAAACAUUCAACAAAAGAGUCAGCUUCCAUUGCUUCACUUUUUCCACCCAAUAACUCUGACACUGAUGAUAGUUCAGAAUCCAAUGAAACACCUCCGAGAUUUUCUCAUUAUUCCAAUUCCAUAAUGGAAAUUUUCUCACCAGCCAGGUCUAGUGAUUCCGAAAAUUAUUUAGAAAUAAUAAUUCCAAAUUCUUCAAUUCCACACUUCUUUCCACUCCCUAAUGGACCAACAACAAGUCUUUCCAUUCCAAUAAUCUUCCCACCCACCAUUUCUGAAACUCAGACAGAAGAUGGUUGCUCAAAAUCUAACAAAACACCUCGUGCAGAAACACAACUCUCUUAUUCCGUAGUUCCACUCUUACCACCAGCCAAGUCUCAAACAGACAACAGAAAUUCUGAAAAUUAUGAAAUAAUUCCCACCGAUCCUUCCAUAUCAACAGGUCCUAGACGCACAAUCGGAACAGCAAUCUUCAAUCACUUGACUGAGUUUCUUAAGCUGAAGAGCAGUAACAGUCCAAAAUUCACUCAUCCCAAAAAAAAUUCCAUACUGUCAUUCUUUUCCGCAGCCAAAGACUUGAUCGAAAUUAUUGAAAGGAAACAAUUUCCUUUGCAAAUGCUACUUAAAGCCACUAACAACUUCUCAGAAGAUCACAAGAUUGGGAAAGGUUGCUUUGGCUCAGUUUACCGUGCCACUUUAGAUGGUGGCCAAGAAGUGGCUAUUAAGCGCCAGGGCAGUGCUCGUGCCUUCCUAAUUGAAUUGAAAGCAUUGUUCCACCUCAAUCACAAGAAUGUUGCUUGCUUAGUAGGAUUUUGUGAGGAUGGUAAUGAGUACGCAUUGGUAUACGAGUACAUGAAAAAUGGUACCCUUCAUGACCAUCUUCAUGAGCUUCAAAGUACUCCUCUAAUGUCAUCAUGGACUGCCCGGAUUAAAGUGGCACUAGACAUAGCCAGAGGCAUUGAGUAUCUACAUGUGUAUGCAGUACCACAAAUCAUACACCGCAAUAUCAAGACGUCUAACAUAUUAUUAGAUGCUACGUGGACUGCCAAAGUGUUUGAUUUCUGCCUGUCUGAGAAGGCCCCCAUGGACUUCAAGUCACACCAUUUGGAUUGUGUGGCUGGCACCAUUGGUUACAUGGACCCCGAGUACUUUAGUCUUCGGCAGUUGACAACCAAAAUUGAUGUAUACAGCUUUGGAGUUGUAUUGCUAGAAAUGUUGUCUGGGUACAAGGCACUUCAUAAAAAUGAAAAUGGUGAGCAAAGGCUUAUAGUUGAUUUUAUAGUGCCAUUCAUUGCCCAAGAUCAAAUUCACAGGGUCUUGGACCCAAGAGUACCACCACCUACCCCAGUUGAAAGAAAGGCAGUGGCACAUGUUGGGUCUCUAGCAGUGGCUUGUAUUAUGGAGACAGUAAAUCAAGAGAGACUGGUAGAAUACCUAGAAGAGCUGCAGCUCAAAGAGGAUACAAACAACUGUUAUGCUGCUGCUCUGGGAGGAGAAACAUUAACUCAGAACCCACAUCUAGAAAGGCAGUGA